AGUCAGCCGAACCUGUUACCUGGCGGCCACAGAACCCUGCCGUUUACCUUCGCACCAUUACGCCACAGGUCAUGCCGUCGCAUUAUUUUUAAAAAUCGAACCACGGCUGCGCGUCUGUACUUGGCUUUGCAGUUUUCACCCAAGAACGAGUCUUUCGCAUUAGAUCUCAUGACGCAGUUCCUACUGGGACGCUUCUGGUUCGGCAUUAACGUCGGAAAGGAAUCUUCCUUGAACGUUUCAGCCAACUCUUGUGACUUUGUAGCGCAUUACACGCUGCGGAGUGCGGACAGCCAUCACUCGAAAGGGACGAAAUGGAAAUUCGAAGACAUUUCGCCACAGUGGAUCUACGUCAUGGCCUGCCCCAGCAACAUGCGCCGCAGCCUCUCCUGGAUGACUAAUUCCCAAAAUCGUCCGGAUAUUCGGGCUGAAUCUUCCCUGGGAGAACGGGAGCGAGGAGAACGGGAUGGACGAUGAUGCCAUCCAGUGUUUUCCCCUGAAGAUGGGCAUUGACACGCUGGCUGCCCGCCCGGGGCGGCAGGCACAGCGUGUUAAUGGUUACUGAUUUCAGUCGGCGUCGGGCAUCCCAGGCAAAAUAUCCUUUAUGGCAUCACCGAAAAUAUAGCGACGAAAUACCGAAAAAAAGAUGGAAGAGAACUGACCGUUCGGCCUCCGAGGCGGUGGGCGCCGGGAUGACGGGAACCUGGAAUUCAGUGAGACUGCAAUUGCGGCGCCGUCAUCUGCCACAUCCGUGUCCCGUUAUCCGGGAAAUCCUGCGCGGGAGGGUGCCGGCUGUGUGGCGGACGGCUCCGGUCAGCGCUGCACGCAGCCCGGGUAUCGUUAUUCUGCUGGCCGCCGCUGCGAUGUCUGCGUGCUGGAAAAGAGGCACUAUCUGCCUGUCACCGACGUGCCUCGGCUGGUUGAUGCUUCUUCUUCUGCCGCAGCUUCAUUUGUCCGCCGGAUGUUCCCCUCAGCAGUUAGCGCCCGCCAACCUGAGCGACAUGCUGGCGGAUGCGUUGCUGAAUAACCGACAGGACGACCGCAUCAUCCUGACCGGGCUGGUUCCGAGCGACAUUCCACCGGACAGCGUGGUGUCCCGGCCGCGUCUGGGGGAGGACGCGACGUUUAUCUGCAACGUUCCCGCGUCCGUCGACUGGCGCCACGUGGCCUGGCUGCACCAGGACUGGCCCGUCUACGAAGCGGAAGAGCCGCAAGCGCUGCGGGACGGCGACACCACGGGGCAGACCUACAACUUCUCCCGCGUUGACACCACCCUGAUUCUCGUCGUCCGCAACGUCACCAUGCGUUCCGGGGGCAACGUGCGCUGCGUCAUCGAGCCGCAGGGCCCCGAGUACAAUACGGAGCGCCGCGUCCUGCAGCGCUUCCUGCUCCUGCCGCUGAUCACGCACCGCAGCGAGGUCUUCGCCGCGCCCGAUCCGCUCGCUGUGACCGCCACCGAGGGCGAGGCCGUCGCGGUGCCGUUUAGCAUCCGGCUGCCCGUACCGGAAGACGUCUUCUUCGGACUGCGCAACCAUUUGCUCUGGGUCCACAAUGGCCGCGUCGUGGAAGGUCCCUGGGAGGCUGCCUACCGGAGUUUGGUGCCCAGAACGAAAGGACCGCGUGACGUCGAGCCAUACUACCUGGGAGGGUCCGUCAACAGCCCGGGCCAGCUGGAACACGUUAGACUCUACUUUCGGGCCGUCAGACUGGCCGAUGAAGGAUACGUCCAGUGCUGGUUCCGGCCGCAUCAGUACCUCCAUGAAUGGGUCGUGCAGACGACGACGCUGCUGGUUUCUCCUAAGAACAGCACGCAGUAGAGUUUCAUUGGGCAAGAUCCGGAAGGGGAUCAUUCUGCUGUUACCCUCAAUGAUCUAUAGAAAUCUAACCAAAAACUAAACGCGAUGCCCGCUUUCCUGGCGGAGAUGACCUUUCUUGUAUAAUCGUCAUGGGCUUUUUUGAUUACAUAAUGGCAGAAAUUAAUUAAAAUAAUUCCCGCUUUAUUAUUCAGAAAAAGAUCAAUAUUACGCGGCCUCCCCACAGUCUGGAGAUCUCUCUAUCCGAAAACUUUUAAAAAAAUCUGAUACCCCAGUGAGAUCGGCCGUGGUCCAGAACUGCGUCACAUGACUUUUGUUUUGAAUACGUCUGAUCAGAAUCGUGCCGGCU